AUGCUAAGCGUCGAUACAGCUGAGGAAGAAAUUCUAUCAAACGAGGGAAAUGAAGAAGAAAUCUUUGAGAAUAUCGUUUAUUGGAUGAAAAGCGUUUUGGCGGACGCGACUGUGGAUUGGAGUAUCGACGCGCUUGGCACCGGGCGAACAAUUGCUGAAUUUUUGCAUAAAAUUGACCCGAUUUUCUUCUCAAAAGACGAUUUUUUGAAUAAAAUCUCGACUUUUACCAGAGCUGACUCGGCACAUGGAGUAAAAGAAGUUUCAAUGAGAAAAAUCCGAAUCCGGCUUUCCGAGUACUAUGAGGCGGUGAUUCAUCGAAAUUUGGAACCGCUAGCCGAUUUGAGCGAGAUUUCAAGGGAUUUCAUCCGAGGCGACGUGAGCGCUGCCGUGCUUUUCCUCUCCACUGUCAUCGGUGCCGCGUUUUUGGGACCAAAUCGAGAAACUUACAUCACUGGCGUGAAUUCGAUUCCGAAAAACGUCAUGAAAACGCUCGCCGAUCAGAUCACUCUCAUUCAGCACAAAACCGCCAUGUUGAGUGCGCCGAAUUCGCCAACCACCUCAAAAGAUCCGGAACCAAACGAGCCAAAUGAGCCGCUCAACAACGGAAAUGAGACCGAAGAUGAUAAAAAGACGACACUCAAGAUCGAGAAACUACAAGAAAGAAACAAAAAGCUUUCCGCGGAAAGGGAUCGUUUGGAGUCGGAAGUGCACUCGUUACGAGAAAAGCUGUCUUCAGAAGAGGAGGGGGAUUCGAAAAAUGUGCUCACCACUCAACUGCAAGAAUUGCGAUUGAAAGUCGGCGUUUUAAUGGACGAGUUAACGGUUUCGGAAAUCGAGAAAAGUCAUGUAAAAGAGGCAAAAGAGGAGUUGGAUGACAAGAAUCGGCGAUUAGAUGAAAAGAUCCGCGACUUGCAAAAUGAACUCGAAACAGUGCAUCAUUUGAGAGACGAAAUAGAGAUUUAUAAAGAAUUCGAGCGAAAGUGGGAACGAUCGGAGGUGCAAAUCGCUCAGCUUAAAGUAAAGCUCGAUCAACGCGAGAAUUUAAUUUCAGAUAACAAAUUGCUCAACGAACGCCUCCAGACGUAUAUGAACGCGCAAAUGGAUUUCGAGGACAUGCAAAAGAGGAAUCAAGCCCUCCAACAACAACUCGCCAUGGCCAAGGGCGAGCUUGACGCUAAGGAAAAAGCGCAUCGAGAAUUGACGCUGAAUAUCGAUAAGUUGGACUAUGAGUUGGGCGUGGUACAAGAACGAAAAAACGGAUUAGAAGAGGAGAAUCGACGACUGAGAAGUGAAAAGGAUCGUUUGGAGGAGGAGAUGAUCAGACAUAAUACCUCUCUUGAAUCGAAUCUUGAUGAAAGCUCACUGCAUGAUUCGAUGGUUUCUGCCUUGACGAACAACGAUCCAGCUGAGAGAGUGUCGAUCAUCGAGAAAAUGAUGCGGCUAGAGAUCGAGAACAGUCGACUAAAGGAGAAAGCCGAUGCCGCUGAGAAUGCCGACGAUUUGAGGGCCCAAACCGAAAGCCUGAAACGAACGAUCGUCGAGCUGACGUCGGAUUUGAGGAUCUCGAAUCUAAAAAAUACCGAGCUACAGACGAAAAACGACGCUCUCGAAAAGAAUCAAACUGAUCAGAGCACGUUGAAUGGAGGCGAUCGCGAGAGACGGGUGGCCGCUGAGAAAUUGGAGAUCGAGUUGGCGAAAAUGAGGGAAAGGGCUCAAAAAGCCGAGUCUGCGCUCGCCACUCAAAACGAGAAUGUCGGACAAGAGGUGGAGAUGUUGAGGAAGAAAUUGAGCGAUGCAGAGAUGCAGGUGGAGAUGACGAAAAGGACGAUGAAUGAGUAUCUUGAGAAGGCGAAAUUGGUCAUCACUGAUCAGGAAGCUCGGAGUCAAGCAAUCGAUUCCAAUGGUCUUUCGAGACACGAAUUCGACUCAUUGCGAAGAGAAAUCGAGCAAAAGGAGAAACGAAUUCGUUUCCUUGAAGCGCGUGCCGAGCAAAUGGCGAUGAUGCACGAGCAAGAAUGCCGCUUAAUGACAACCGCUUGGCACAAAACGGCAAACGAUCUGAUUGCUUUCCAACGCGGCACUGACUCAUUGACGGAAAGCGCUCGAGAGAGGGAAAGCAAUUCAAAGUGUUUUCCCCUUCGCCUGGAUUUUCUAGCAAUGCGCCUCUGCAGUAGCCGAAAUUCGACGAAACGACACUUUAGUGAGGAGGCGAAAAGAAGAUUUAGACAGUUAUCGAAUGAUCCGACCGCUCAUCUGGAUGUUCCGUCGACGAAAACGAGUGUUGGCCAAAUGACAAGCGAUCCUCCGUCAAGUCCAACGCGGCACCUUCAAAAAGCAGCCUCUUCCUCUUCCUCUUCCUCUUCCUCGUCGGCUGUGAUCAUCCCACUCGUUGCAAUGAGAAAUCACGGAGAUUCGAUUCUUUUCACGAAACGAUCAAUGCUUUUGAAGGCGCAUCGCGGUGAAGUAUGUUUCCCGGGUGGACGAGCCGAUGAAAAUGAAACCGUUGACGAAGCGGCCAUUCGAGAACUCGAAGAAGAGAUUGGUAUCUCUCGAUCGCUUGUCGAUGUUUGGGGUCAUUUACAAUCGAUUCCCACAAGACAACCGGCGAGCUUUGUCACUCCAGUUGUUGGUGAGAUUCAAGAAGAGCAUCUGCAGAAGAUUAAACCGAAUUUUGAUGAGGUGGAUUCCGUUUUUUCGGCAUCAAUUGAUGAACUCGUCGCUUCCACCGAGUUCACAACGUUUUGCGAUAAGAAAAUCCUAUACACGAUGCCCAUUUUUCGAAUACGAAAUUUUCAGAUCUAUGCCUCAUCACCCGCUUCUUUCGUUCCGUCAAUGUCGGAGAUUCGUUUAUGGGGUCUUUCAUCAAUCAUGCUACAUUUCUUCCUCGUGCAUAUGUAUCCGGAUCGUUACUCGAACAAGUGCUUCAAGCCAUCAACGAUGAAACGG